UAAAGAUGAAUUUGAUCUGACUCUUGAAUUAUACUGUCUAUCUCGUUAUUGUGUCACGUGUGUUGGGUCAAGUGUAACUGUAAACUUCUGAAGUAAAAUUAGGGGCCCCAGCUACAAUUUCUACCGCAGCCUGCAGAAUGGAAGACUAUGUAAAGAUAGAAAAGAUUGGGGAGGGGACAUACGGUGUUGUAUACAAAGGCCGCAACAAAAAGACCGGACUGAUGGUGGCACUAAAGAAAAUUCGUCUAGAGAGCGAGGAGGAGGGUGUUCCAUCGACAGCAAUCCGGGAAAUCUCCCUUCUAAAGGAACUUGUGCAUCCCAACAUCGUCGCGCUUCAGGACGUCUUGAUGCAAGAGAAUAAACUGUAUCUGGUGUUUGAGUUUCUCUCCAUGGAUCUGAAGAGAUACAUGGAUUCCAUUCCCAGUGGACAGCUCAUGGAACCAAGCCUUGUGAAGAGCUACCUGUAUCAGAUCACGCAGGCGCUGCUGUUCUGCCACCAGCGACGCGUUCUCCAUCGCGACAUGAAGCCACAGAACCUCCUCAUCGACAACAAAGGCGUCAUCAAGCUCGCCGACUUCGGUCUCGGACGCACGUUCGGCAUUCCCGUCCGCGUGUACACCCACGAGGUUGUGACGCUGUGGUACAGAGCUCCUGAGGUGCUGCUAGGAUCUAGCCGAUACUCUACUCCCGUCGACAUCUGGUCGAUCGGCACGAUAUUCGCGGAGAUGGUCAACAAGCGCCCUCUAUUCCACGGCGACUCCGAGAUCGACCAGUUAUUCCGCAUUUUCAGGACGCUGGGUACUCCGACCGAGGAGACGUGGCCGGGGGUGACCCAGCUUCCCGACUACAAGCCGGCCUUCCCCUGCUGGUCACAGAACACCCUCGCCUCCAGCAUGAAGAACCUCAGUGCAGACGGACUCGACGUUCUCCAGCAAAUGCUGGUCUACGAACCGCGAGGACGCAUCAACGCAAAGGCCAUCCUCAAACAUCCGUACUUUGACGACCUUGACAAAUCUUCUCUACCAGCCUGUUGAUGGCGCCGCCGUGCAGCGGUGGUGCCAGCGGAGCGGCAUUGAUGAUCAUCUGUGAUUGCGCUGCCGUCGCCGUGGCGACGGAGCAGGGUGUGGGUGGGGAAGGGGGGGAGGGAUGUCCACCGCGGGGCCAUCGUCGCGUCAUAAAUCUUGAAAAAUGAAAUGACGUUUUGAAAUUACUCGUGCGCUACUCGCAUUGCGUGCGACUUUAGUGUCCGACUCGUUGGCGUGAUUACCGCGAUUUGUUUGUCGCGUAUUUUUUUACGAGCGUGAACGUGUCCUGUCUAUGUGGUGGUCUCGCUGUCAUCAGCAAUGCUUUCCCGUUAGAUGCGCGCAUGUACAUACACAAAAUCUAACACGCGGUUGCUAUUAUCUAAGUGGUUGUUGUCUAUCCAGUGUACACCCAAUUCAUUCCAAGUUGUCACGUUAUUGAGUCUGCGUCGGCGGGACUGAAGUGUAGAGUAUCGUGUUGUUGCAUUCAAUCCUAUUAUAUUAUCCUACUUUCUGCUCUAAAUAUGACAUUCCUUCUCGUCUUUUUUUUCCGAGUAGCCAUAUAAAAAAAUAUUCCUGUUUAUCUUUUCUCUGUAUACCCGUAUGAAGAAAAUAUUCCCGUUGUCUUUAGUUUUGUAAACAUUAGACCACGACUUGCAUCCUUUCUGUUACAUCUGAUAUGUGUAAGAAACAAUAUGUUCAUCUCAUGUCCAGCUGCUUGUGUAUAGCCAAGGCAUGUUUUUCUUGUAUGUCAUCAGAUGUCAAUUUUAAUUACCAAUUAUUUAAUUUUGGUCUCACUACUACACCAUGUUGUAGUAUUUUUAGUUUGUAAUAUAUAUAUAUUGGAAGUGCUACUGAUAUAACUUGGUAACUAUGGUAACAUUCUUACAUACGAUUAGGAGAAAAAUUUUGUUCGGAAGACUUGAGAAGAUAAGUUUCGUUAUCAAAUAUAAAUUGUAAAAAUACUGUGUAACUAAUUUUAGUCUGAUAGUCUAGAGAUACAUAUCAAUGAAUGGCAAAUAUAUUAGCAGUAGUAGAUAAUAGGAUAUCGAUAUAUCCUUUUAUAUGUUACUAUUAACUACCCCCUGAUAUUAUUAGCAGCAGUUUCUCUGUGAUGCAGCUAUGUACCGACUAGAACCAUUCAAUACAUGUAUAUUCUUACUUAUGUA